GAUUUAAUAAAAGAAUUAAGAUAACCUAAUUAAACAAUAUCCGUCACCAUAUCAUAAACUCCCCUGCAUAUCCCGUGAAAGUGCAAAAUCUAACAGUAAUGGAGUUUGUGAUUAUCGCGUUAGGUCUGUUCUCAUCUUGCGCACUUAUCGGAAUCAUUUCCACAGUUUUUGGUAUCGGUAAGCCCAAGAACCUACCUCCAGGCCCAGCCCCGCUGCCGAUCAUCGGAAACCUCCACUUGCUCGGCGACCACCCACACCAAUCCCUAGCCAAUCUAGCCAAGAUCUAUGGCCCAGUUAUGUUCCUUAAACUUGGUCGCACCACCGCACUAGUCAUCUCCUCCGCCGCUGCCGCCAAAGAAGUCCUCCAAAAGCAAGACCUUGCUUUCUCCUCCCGCCAUAUACCCGACGCUCUCAACGCCCACAACCACUCCCAUUACUCCACCGUCUGGCUCCCCGUUUCCACACAGUGGCGGACUCUACGCAAGAUCCUUAACACCAACAUUUUCACCGGCAACUCCCUUGAUACUAACCAACAUUUACGGAGAAAGAAAGUUCAAGAACUAGUGGCGUACUGUAGAAAAGCCGGCGCGUGCAAAGAUCCGGUGGACAUCGGUCGAGCUGCUUUCAGAACUACCCUGAAUCUCUUAUCCAACACUAUUUUCUCCAUAGAUUUAACAGACCCGUAUGAGGAUUCCGGUAAAGAGUUCAAGGAGCUGGUUGGAAACAUCAUGGUCGAGGCCGGAAAGCCAAAUCUUGUUGACUUUUUCCCGUUGUUAAAGAAGAUCGAUCCACAAGGGAUCAAGAGGAGAAUGACACAUUAUUUUGGGAAGAUUUUUGAGAUUUCUGAGGAAUUGAUUGAAGAGAGGUUAGUGAUGAAUGGAUCCAAGCAUGAAGACGUAUUGGAUGUGUGUCUCAAACUCAGUCAAGAGAAUCCAGAUGAGAUCAAUCGAGCACAUAUCAAGAGCUUGUUUUUGGACCUGUUUGCCGCCGGCACCGAUACGACUUCAAACAGUUUAGAAUGGGCAAUGACAGAAGUACUACGCAACCCACAUAUCAUGACGAAAGCAAAACAUGAGCUCGAAGAAGUUAUUGGUAAAGGAAAAAUCGUAGAAGAAUCUGACAUCUUAAAGCUACCUUACUUAUGGUGCAUCGUGAAAGAAACACUAAGGAUUCAUCCACCUGUCCCUUUGUUGAUCCCUCGAAAAAUUCAUAGUGAAGUCAAACUCAAUGGCUUCAUUGUACCCAAGGGGACACAAGUGCUUGUCAAUGUAUGGGCCAUAGGACGAGACUCAACCACGUGGGAUGACUCAUUAAUGUUCAAACCAGAAAGAUUCUUGACCUCAAGUCUUGAUGUUCAGGGUCGGGAUUUUGAGCUAAUCCCGUUUGGUGCUGGAAGAAGAAUAUGUCCUGGUUUGCCACUUGCUAUCCGCAUGCUUCCUGUGAUGUUAGGAACACUAAUCAAUAAUUUUGAUUGGAACAUUGAUGGUGGACUUAGAGAUAAAAACAUUGACAUGAGCGAGAAGUUUGGAAUCACUUUGCAAAAGGCCAACCCUCUUUGUGUUGUUCCAAUUCCAAUAGAUUAGCCUCUACCCAUUUGUAUGGUAUUUUUAUGUGUUUUUUGGGCUAAAUAACAGUAUGGUUUUAUUUUCUUUAUUAUAACAUUAUUAUUUCAUAUUA